AUGGCAGAGCCGAUCCCCGCCGACGAAACUCCAAACCAAAAGCAAGCCCGUCUCCGCCGUGAGCGCCGCAAUGCAAAAAUCCAAGCCGGAGGUAGCGCACGGCUGGCCGCCAUCACUUCUAUGAGCGGCCGUCCAGCUCCUGCACCAGAUGACGCCCCGGCCGCCUCUACAACUCCCUCCAAGUCCACACAAGUCCUCCAGCACAGUAUUUCGCACGAUGACGAUCCGGACGAAGUCGACAUUUCGCAGCACCACUACAUACCACGCACUACAUCACGCCCACUCACUCCUUCUGGCCGCUCCAGCCCGUUUACCGGUUCGGUGAAUGCACCUGGAGCUCAAGACGACCCUCAAAUGCGUAUGCUGCAGCAAAUGCUCGGCGGCUUCGACCCAAAUGCCGCUGGUGGCGCAGGUGCUGGAGGUGAUCCCCUCGCUGGUCUCCCACCGGGCAUGCAGCAGAUGAUGGCCGCUAUGACCGGUGGCACGGGCAUGGGAGGUCCACAGGAGACUGCGCCAGUACCGACGACAACUUAUGUAUGGCGAAUUGUACAUGCCGUGUUUGCACUAGGUCUUGCUGUGUACAUUGCAAGUCAGACGGCGUUCACGGGGGCGAAGAGUGCUAGACGAUCAGCACAGAAUGACGGCGGGUUUGGUCUAGAUGAUUUCGAGCUAGUGAAUGAUGUUGGGAAGAGAUUGUUCUGGCUGUUCGCCACGGCGGAGGUCGUGUUGCAGAGUAGUCGCUACUUCCUGGAAAGGGGUGCAUUGCCACAGAGUGGGAUUUUCGGGAUGCUGAGCAGUGUGUUGCCAGAGCCAUUCAGUGGAUAUGUGAGGGUCGUUGGACGUUACAGCGUAAUCUACACGACUGUCGUCGCGGAUGCCAUGGUGGUGGUAUUUGUACUGGGCUGCGUUGCAUGGUGGAGAGGAGGUAUAGCAUAG